AUGGACGAUCUGGUAUUGAGCGUCCCCACGGUGGAAGAUGCCGAGCGGCUUCGGCAUGAAGCCAUGGAUAUUUUCGCAAGUGCCGGAUUUACCCUGGCCAAGUGGGCCACCAACGUGCCUGACCUUCAAGUGAAGUGGAACGGUCAGCUGAGCGCCGAGCCGAUGAAAGUGCUUGGCACGCUGUGGAGCAUCGGUAAAGACGUCCUCUCGGUGAAGUGCCCGGAAGUGCCCGAGCUGACAGAAGUGACCCCUCGAAGCAUGAUGCAGUUCAUCGGGUCUGUGUUCGAUGUGCUUGGUCUGUUGGAGCCUGUCAAGCUCAACUUGAAGAAGUUAGCGCGUGAGGCCAUCGUGCUGAAAAUCCCGUGGGAUCAACCUGUGCCUGAGGCUAUAGCCAAGGGUUUUCGAGCCGCUGUUAAGAAGUUCGAGUUCUUGGCAGAAAUCCAAGUGCCGCGCCAUUUGCCUCGACCGGCGUCCGUCUCCUUCUUUUCGGAUGCAUCAGAUUCGGGCCUCGGCUUUGCAGUUUACUUCACGGACGGACUGCAGCGCAACCACUACGUCUACGGGAAGAGCCGCCUCGCGCCCCUCAAGCCGCGGACAACUCCCGAGCUUGAGUUGUCUGCACUCGCAGAAGCAGUUGAGCAGUUGCCGUUUCUCUGCAAACAAUUCGACCUGUCUGGCGUACCACUCUUUUUCUGGUCGGACUCGUCGAUUACCCUGCACCGACUGGACAGCAACCUCAACCGCCAUGGAAGUUACGUGGCCAAUCGUCUCGUACGCAUUCAUCGCGUCUGCGAGAAGUUCCCAA